AUAAGUUAAUGUCAUACGUAUUGUCACAGUGUCACUGUAUUUUUACGUAAAUUUACGUCAAACAAAAUUGAACAAAAUAAUGUGAAUAGUUAAUUGCAUAAAAGAUUGAAUAAUGAAACAGUGAAAAAAUUAGUUCUAACACAAAAUGGAGAGCGUUACAAAUUUUUCUGUAUCGCUUAUCAAAGGAUUCAUAGACAGCUUACGAGGUGUAACUGUACUCUUAUACUUAGAUAAAGAGAUCAAUGAGCGUGCCCUAAGUCGCUCGCCACCUACUGAAUUUGAAAACACAAAAAAUAAACAAAAACAACCAAAAGUGAAACAGGAAUCAAAAGUACUUACGAGAGUGUUACAAUCAUGCAUUCUAAACGGCUUUAUAUUUUUGCUUAGCAUAUUAAUAUUUGAAUAUGUUCUAUUGCCCGCGGUCAAGUACUUAGUUACGGUAGUGUUUGGUCACAACCCCGGAGUGGCCCAUAACGUAUGGGCGUGGAUGCAGCCGUUCCUGUCGAUGACAUUCAGGAUGAUAUGGGUGCUUCCGUUGUUCUUGUUGAGUAAACUAGUCAACAGUUUGUGGUUUCAAGAUAUAGCAGACAGCGCGUACCGCCACAGACGGGGGCGGCCGCAGUUCAUGUCGAGCGUCAGCAAGAUCAUUGCCGACUCGCUCUUCAGCUUGCUGGUGCAAGCGCUAUUUUUAGUACAGAGUAUGUUAGUAAGUAUGUUACCAAUAACAUACAUAGGCGAGCUACUCUGCCUUAUACACAUGUGCCUACUCUACUCGCUGUACUCGUUCGAGUACAAAUGGUUCAACAUGGGCUGGGAGCUGCACAAACGGCUGACCUUCAUCGAGUCCAACUGGCCUUAUUUCCUCGGCUUUGGGUUGCCGUUGGCAGUUCUGACGCAGAUACCACAGUCUUAUAUUAUUAGUGGUUGCGUGUUCUCCAUAUUCUUCCCCGUUUUUAUAUUGAGCGGCAACGAGGCUACCCCCGUUAUAGGAAGCGAGUACCCUCUCCGACUAUUCUCGCCAGUAGUGGCGAUAUCCAACGGGAUGUUCCGAUUUGUUCGCCAGGGAGCCGAAGUAGUGACCCAACGGAAUAGGUGACUGCCACCCAACCCCUAAGUUAUUGUACCUUUACAUAUAGCGAGCGGUGCAGGGUUGUGCAAACUUAGGCCUUUUCACUGGUUACUGAUAAAGUGUCAAGUUAGUUAUCUGCCAGAUAAAGGCUGCUUAUAUUUUUGCC